AUGGCUCAUCUUCUUGGAAGUAAAGUUUGUAUUGAUAGUUUACGUGUUGAUAUUAAUGAUUUACAAAAUGUUAUUUAUGAUAUUAUUGGAAAAACGGGUUCACUUAAAUGUCAUUCAUGGAAAUAUCCCGAUAAACUUGCAACAGAUGUUGAUAUGAAUGAAUUACUCGAACGUUAUCAAUAUGGAAAAAAUGAUCUUGAUAAUCAAGUUUCUCAUGUUAUUUUAUUUGAAAUUAUUAUUGAUAGGCUAUUACUCGUUGUACAUGGUUCAUGGCAUUUUUUACAUGAAAUUCAAACUAAAUUGUUAUCAAGCACGAUCGAUUCAUCAUCGACUAUUAAUCAACAAACAAGUCUUAGUGUUGGUUUAGUAGUUAAAAAAUAUUGGAAUAAAUUAUUACACUUAUUUACUAUACUUCAACAACAUGAGACUAAUCAUAAACGAUCACAUCAUACAACAUCAUCAAUACGAUCAAAAUCAAAUCUAAAUAUUGAAAAAUAUUGUCAAACAAUUGAAUCAUCAUUAGGUCCAUGUUCAUCAUGUAUUCAAUUUCAACAAUAUCUUCACAAUUAUAGUGAAAGUAUUAUAAGUUUAUGUCAUUUAUAUAAUUUACCAUCAUCUCUUGCACAUUAUCGAUGUUCAACAUCAACAAUAGCUGAAUCAUUAUAUGAUAUUAAUCAAUGGUUUGAUUGUCAAACAAAAGAUUUUGAUCGUUUAUCAAAACAUGUUGAAUAUUUACAUAAUACAUUAAAUAAAACAAAAAAUGAUUUAGAUUUAAGUGAAAAUUCUUGUAAACAAUUAAAUGAAACAAAUCAUAAUUUAGAACAAAUAAUAUGUAAUGAAAAAGAAUCAAAGAAAAAAUUAGAAGAAUUCCAUAGAAAUAAAUUAAUUGAAAUAAAAAAAUAUAAUGAUCAAUAUCAAUUAAGUUUAAAUGAACAAAUUAAAUUAUUAACUACAGAAAAAAUUAAUAUUAAACAACAAUUAAAAGAAAUUACUGAAGAAUAUACAUUAAGAGGAGAACAAAUUAAACAAUUAGAAUCAUCAAAAAAUGAAUUAAAAAUUCUAAUGGAAGAUCGUAUCAAAUCAGAUGAUUUAAUAAAAACAUUAGAACAAGAUCGUAUUCGUUUACAAACUGAACUUGAUGUUGUAAAACGUGACGUUGAAGAACGUAAUCGUGAUUUACAAAAAGAACGAAUACGUAUUGAAAAUAUGAUUCGACAUGAUGAAAAUUAUCAAUCAAAACAAAAAACACUUACUAAAUCACAUGAACAAUUAUCAAAAGAAUGUGAAUUAUUAAAAAAAAAAAUAAUAGAAUUAGAAAUUGAACGAGAUGAAUUACAAAAAUCAUUUCAAAUAAUUCAACAACAAAAUCAAACAUCUUCUGAUAAUAUUCAAGUUCAAUCAUUUAUUGAAACACAUAAUCAUGUUUUACAAGAAGUUACAUCUCUUAAAUCAAAUAUUGAACAACUUCAACAACAAAUUCAACAAAUGACUGAACGUGAAAAAAGUUUAUUACAACAUUCAAAUUCAAAUGGAUCUAUUCAAAAUACAUCAACAACAAAUAAUUUUGUUCAUGAUAUGCAAAAUGAAAUGCGAACAAAUGAACUUCGUAUUGAUUUAUUACAAAAACAAAAUGAUUCAUUAAAAUUUUCAUUAGGAAAACUUCAACAUACAAAUAAUCAUACUAAUUCAUCAUUAGUAAUAGACGAACAAUUAAAAAAUCAAUUAAGACAACAACAACAACAUACAAAUGAAACAUUACCAACAAAACCAAAACAAACACCAUUAUGGUUAUUAAAUAAUGAAAUACUCGAACAGCAACAACAACAACAAGCUUUUACAGAAACAAAGUAAAAUUAAUUCAAUUCGAAAUAAUUUUUCUUUUUUUUUUCUAUUUCUUAAUUAUAGAUCAACAACGAAAAAUUACAU